UCAAAAGAUUAAAAAUUAUGUUCUGAUUUAUUCGUUUUUUAAAGCUUUCUUGCUUUGUGAAUGUUUAUCUUUUUUUCAAAAAUACUUCUGAGUAUAUCAAUCGAAAUUCGAACUAAAAAUGGGUUGUGAUGGUGGCACGAUUCCCAGACGAGACGAACUAGUUCGACAGAAGAAGAAACCUGAACAGAAGGACAAAAAUGCUGAAAAUGUAGCCAAGUGGAAACAUUGCGCUCUAUCACAACAACCUUUGCACAAACCUAUUGUUUCUUGUGAGCUUGGAAAAUUGUACAACAAAGAAGCUGUUAUAGAGCAUUUGUUAAACAAGGAAAAGAUUGCCUCAUCUGAAGUUGCCAGCCAUGUUACAAAAUUAUCUGAUGUGAAGGAGCUUAAUCUGACUGAAAAAAAUGGUUUCAAAGCAAAGUCGGAUCAAAAGGGUGAUGAAUACGUCGAUUUCCACGACUCUCGGUUUAUUUGCCCAGUCACUGGAUUGGACAUGAAUGGCAUACAGAAAUUUUUUUUCUUGUGGAAAUGUGGUUGCGUUAUUUCAGAACGAGCUUUUAAAGAGGUGAAAUCAGAAACCUGUCACAAAUGUGGAAAGGCGUAUGAAGGUGAUGAUGCCAUUGUGAUUAAUGGUACGGAUGAAGAAAUUGAUGCAUUGAAAGAUAAAAUGAUUGAAAGACGCCGUCUAGCCAAACUGGAGAAAAAGAAGAAACGUGCAGCAGCAGCAGCUGGAGAGUCGGAAGUUAAAAAGAUUAAAGUCGAACCCAGCGAUGCUGUUGCUGGCACAUCUACUGGAGGGGUCACAGAACCUGCGAAAAAGAUAAAAAUAGAACCUACUGCCAAUGGCAUUCCUUUAACAAAUGGGAAAACCUCAAAACUGAAUGGCAAAGCAGAUGCUUUAUCUCAUAACGGGAAAGCCUCUUCUAAAGCACUUGAUCUGCCACAUAAGGCUCAAAAAGAAUAUAGCAUAGCGAAAGAUCCUUCUGCAAGUGCUGCAUACAAAUCAUUGUUCACGAGUCAUAAAUCUGCAAAAACACAAGGUAAAGCUCACUGGAUUACACAUAAUCCUCUUUAUUUUUGAUCGAUUUAUAUAAAAAAGACCUUGCCAAGAAAAAUCUUCAACUUUUUUUAUUGGCGGCAUUAGAAUAUACUAAUAGAAGAAAAUAAAAUGUAUUUGAAAAUUUAUCCAUGUAAACAACAGUACAACUACUUAUCUGUUGUGGCCUUUUUUAAAAAAGUUAUGCUAUGUUCAGAACUUUUAUAUUAAAAUUAUCAUU